AUGGGAAGGAGACUGCAAAGUCCGUCGGCAAUCACCGAGCUGUACAGUUUUGUAACCUGUGGCUUCCCAGUCCGCCUAGACUGGCGAAAUUCGGUAACAGAUCCCGUACUCAACCUCACCGCCCCCAAGACCAACAUGGCUGACCAAAUCGAGAAGGCCUACCAGAAGCAACACCUCUUCCAAAACGCGAAGGCUCGCGGCGGAAAGAAGGUCUCUGCGAAGGAGAAACGGUGGUACAAGGAUGUUGGUCUGGGAUUCAAGACACCUGCUGAGGCGAUCACUGGGACAUACAUCGACAAGAAGUGCCCAUUCACCGGUGACGUUUCUAUCCGUGGCCGUAUCCUGACCGGCCGCGUCGUAUCGACGAAGAUGACCCGCACGAUUAUCAUCCGACGGGACUAUCUCCAUUAUAUCGCGAAAUACAACCGUUACGAGAAGCGUCACAAGAACCUUGCAGCGCAUAUUUCUCCAGCUUUCCGCGCUGAUCCUGGUGACGUUGUGACCGUUGGCCAAUGCCGGCCGCUAUCAAAAACCGUACGAUUCAACGUUCUCAGGGUAUCGAAGAGCAAGGCGGCGGUGAAGGCAUUCGGCAAGUUCUAG